AUGUUCAAUGCACAACAUGGAUCAUUCUUUCUUUCUUCUCUACUAAUGCAACUUUGGAAUCCCAUGUGGAAUGAGAUUUCAAUCUCUAAAAUGGAAGGAAGGUCUAAUGAAUUGAUUAUAAGAGGUCCUUUGGAAGCUAUCGAUUUUGCCAUCAAAUCACUCAAGUACAUCGGGGAGGGGAACUUCAGUGGUGAAGAUACUGUUAGGGUUACCACCAUGAACAAGCAUGGGAAGCAUGAUUUGCAUAUUUCAGUCAUUGUCAACCCAAGAAAUGAUCCUCCAUUUAUUAGUGGUGAAGAUACUGUUAGGGAGGGGAACUUCAGUGGUGAAGAUUCUAAUUACCCCAGCAGGGAAGUGAUUGUUGAGUUAAAGGAAUCAGGUACUACAUGGAUCCAUGUUGACGAGGCUACCCUUGUGAAGGAUCUUGAGGGGUACCAAUUGGAAGCUUUCACCAAGGCCUACUUUGAGCUAAAAUUAGCCUUCUCUGGUCUUAAUGUUAUUGUUGCCACCUACUUUGCUGAUAUUCCAACUGAAGCAUUCAAAACCCCAACUUCAUUGCCGGGAGUUGUUGGUUUCAGUUUUGAUUUGAUUCGUGGUGAAAAGACUCUUAACUUGAUCUAG